AUGUUCCUGUACAUAAAAAUUCGUGUACAACAAUAUUAAAACAUAUCCUAGAAUUCGACUUUUUGUUAGUCUUGUUAACAACGGAGUAGACUUGAUUCGUUCGCUUCAUCAAAAAACGUAAACGUUGAAAUUCGCAUAAAAAUGAAAAAUAAUUCGAUUUAAAACAUUUUGAUCCGAAUAUGGUAUCGAGUCUGAAUUUGUCGGUCAACCGACAACGAAAUUAUCGACGACCAAUAAAAAUCGGGUAUCCAGUUACUUGCAUAUAGGUGGCGUGAUACGUGGUAAUUAUAUAUAACGAAAAAAAAAAAAAAAAGAAAAAGAAAAAAGAAUCAACGAUCGAAUUCCGUUAUCCUUUUCCGAAAUAUCGGAAUAUACAAAUCCGGUAGAGAAUUCGUAUAUAUCUCGAUACGCCAAUUUAAAGUCGUAGAACAUAUAAGGGCGUACUACGCUGCUCGAUCGAUACAAUAUCACGUAUCGUCGUAACGAAGGAAUACGUACAUACGCAAGAAAAAAAAAAAAAGAAAAGAAAGAAAAUAUUAUCAUUUUCGUAAAGCAUAUGCAUAGAACGUAAUAGAUAAAACGACGAUAUAUCUUUGCUCGAGUAAACAUUAAAAUCGUAUACCUUUGAUAUUACUACGAACAAAGAAAAGAUUCUCGUAAUCGAUCAAGACAAGAACAAAGAGCAAAGAAGAAGUAUUUUCGAAACGAGAAAGUGGCAAUCGCAAAAAGGGAGGAGACUUUUAGAAGCGUCUCGAAAUAUGCGGUUAAAUGUAUAAGAAAUAAUGCUUUUACCAUGACCAUUCGCGAGAGCCGGCUUCUUCCGAAAAUCGAAUAAUCUGGCGUCGUAGAGGCUCGAACAAUUGCGUCCUCCGAAAUUCCCUCGGCAACAGCGACGUUGAAUUAUCGUGUCGUCCUUCAGAGGACGCUGCUGGCGACGUCGCAGGAAGGCAGGAGACCAAUCGCAGCACUUGGCAACGAACGGCGGGAUAAGACGGAGCACGCCAUUGGUCGAAGGAUCGUCGAGCGACUCGUGGUGGGACAACGGAUAAACAGUUUUCAAAGUUUCGAAGUGUCCUCAAGACGUGUGGGGGUAUCCGCUGGGAAGGGGUAGCGGUGCCGCGUGCGUGUAUUUCCCGCUUCUUGCUUCAGCCAGGCAGACAGCAGCAGCAGCAGUAGCAGUAGUGGCAGGAGGAGCGUAGCACGGAGUAUACGUGUGGCAGUUUAGACUUUGUGAGAGUGUGUGUGAGAAUAGUGUGUGUUAGUGCGUCGUACGUAUCUCUUUCGAAAGUGAAAAACUCGAUUAAUUCGGAAUGACGUUUCGAAGUCGCUCGGAAAGGAUGGACCACGAUUAUGUUCUAUUGUCCUGACGGUACAAUCUCGCGACAAGAAAGGACGUAUACGUGUUUUUUUUCGGACAACGAUAUCCCCCGGAGGCUUUUGUUUACAGACGCGCGAAGGGCUGACUCUCCGUCUUUCUUGCUUUCUCCGUUCCUCUCGGCGCUCUGCCUUUCUCUAUCUCCCUCUCUCUCUCUUUCUCCGUACAUCCGUCCGUCUCUAUCUCGCUCGAGGUAGUCGGGAUCGGCCGUCGUUUCCCGCGCUAAGCACGUGAGAUAAGUACAACGUAGAAGCGAGAAGAAAUCGGUAAAAGCGAGAGAAUAGCGAUUUGUACAGGGGCGAGAGGAAAGUGCGUCGUACGUGUCGUUUUACGAUGGAUCCGACGUUGUUGUGUAAUGCGUAGAAAAAGUAGCCGAUAGAUCCAGAGAGAGAGAGAGAGAGAGAGAGAGAAAAGUUUCGAAUCGUGCGUGCGUACGUAAGUACGUACGUCGAGGACACACGCGUCGUUCGGUGCUACGUAAUAUGGUGCUUUCGUACGAUUCAGAAAUCGUUCCCAGGAAGAGGUAGUCCACGGUCGACACCGCGAUACGCCGGUGAGACGUCUUUCGCGGCAACGAAGAGGCGGGAAAAUUCGACAGGAUGGAGGAUGAAAUCAACGCGAAUUUGGGAGAGCCGGCUCACGUCGCUUUCGAUAUAAGCAGGAACAACUCUCACGGUUCUCAUGACAGCGUUGACAGUGGUUAUUUAACUCUGACACCUCAUUCCGGUGUUUACACUCCUAUAAUCGCAGGAUGCAAAUCGCGCGUCACUCCUUUAAAAAGGCAUCAUCGGAUCCGUCAGGACCCCUGGCAAUCGGAUCGCGCUCAACGUCAUCGUUCAAAGUUUAAUCAAUUGCUGAGUAACAGUCAUAACAACGAUCGUUUCAUUUCCGAAAAUCAAAAUUGUGCGUUCUCGUCCUUGGAAACUUCCAACUCGAGUAUCUCCGACCAAAGCCACGGCUUGGAGCAUCCCAGUCCAAGUUGCACCACUCGGUAUGGAGACUUUGGCGAGCCACCUACCAGCAGUAUUUAUGGAUCGUGGAGAACUACCGUACCGGUAACGCCGGCUUCUGCCAGUUUGCAAAUUCUUUCUCCUCCACCUUCUCCAGCAGUUCCUUCCUCGGCGGUACCGUCUUCUUCCUUUAUUGCCUCCGAACCAAUAGAGGAGGAUGUGGAGAUGAAGCUAGUCAUUAUGCCGCAGAGUACACCCCAGGAAACUAAUUCUACGCAUCAAACUCUAGCACCUUGCAUCGCGCGUUCUCCUACCGGUAGAAAAACUAAUACGGCGUCCUCCGUCGAGGGUCAGAAACUGCUGAGUAAACUUUGCAUCGUCGAUAUACCUUCUAUAGCGGAGAUAAAGCCCAAGAGGUUGGAUUUCAGUCAUCGCGCGUUCUCUCUGGCGUUACAUCGUACUAGGACUAGGAUAGAUUACACCGGUAGAAAAACUGUGGAUCUUCUGGCGCUACUAGGAGAGAAGAGUAAUCAUUGGAGGAUAAUCUCAAAAAUUCUGUGCUUCUUGGGACCGCAGGAUCUUUGUUCGAUAAGCAUGGUGUCCAAAGUGUGGAGGAGAAUUUGCGUAGAGGAUUCCAGAGCCAAUACCAGAAGACUGAGCCACAUAAUACUCAGGCAAAACACUAAGGAGAAUUUGAAAUUAAUAAAGAAAGUCAAAAUGGAUAUGGAUACCCAGGGCAGUCCCAGAAGCAGAUUCGUCAGGAAAGGAUGCUUGAUGGAGGUUCAGAACUUGGUCGUUUCUUCCCAGCAAAGACCACCCAACAGCCCUCCCGUGUCUCCGAGCAAAGUCAAAUUCCACUCUUUCGUUAAGGCUAGUCGUACACUCGCACCAUGGGAGCAUUUACUACCAUGCCCGAGAUGUUCUUUUCCUUGCCACGUCGACGGCGAGAAGAACGUGGGAACGUGCUCGAGGCAGGGUUGCUCGAUGGAGUUUUGCACGUCGUGUUCUUCGAGGCCCCAUACAGGUCCUUGCAAGACGCCCCUCUUGGCCACGCCAACGAAGCGCAAUAAGCGGCUCGUCGUCGGUUCCAGGCAGAGCAAGCGAAACCUCAGAAGGUUGUAACAAAGAUGACGAGAAGGAGGAAGAAGAAGAAGGAAGAAGAAGAAGAAGAAGGAGAAGAAGAGGAAAGUGAGAAGGAGGAGGAAGAAAGAAUAAAGAAAAAAGAAGAUAUAAAGAAAAAAUUAUGAUGAUGAUGAUGAUGAUGAUGAUAAUGGAAAAAAGGGCGAAACUUUGAGAAGGAAGAAGAAACGAUGGAAGACUCGUCGUCGGUCGUUCUGCAUAAGGAAAUAAAAAAUAAAAAGGAGGAGAAAGAAGAAAAUAAAAAAUAAUCAAAAUAAGAUCUCAUAUCCGAUCAAUGAUCCCCGAUCGAUGGAGUUUGGUCGAUCAUCGAAAAGAAAAGAGAAAGAAGAAGAAGAAGAAGAAGUUGCCUUUACCUAUCAAGCUCUCUUCUCCUGUAAUAUCACGGUAUAAGGAUAAUCGUAGGAGCGGCACGAAGUUUCAACCUCAAAUUACGGCCUUGAUCGAGAAAGGUAUUCGCCAUGGCUCGGCUCUCGCACCACGUAUGUAGUACGUUUACGCGAGAGAGUCGUGGCCUCUCGGUACUUUCUUUCUCUCUCUCUCUCUCUCUCUCUUGCCGUCUCUCUCAGAAGCAGCAGAAGCCACCGGUGCACCUGAGCCCCAGCAACUUCUGGGACCUGCUCCGUUCGUUAUUAUCGGCGAGUUGCAAGGGCCCUGUCGUUUUCGUCGAAGGAGAAAAAGUGGGAGGCGGUUGUUUGCCAAGACGGAGAGAGAUAGAAACAGAAAGAGAGAAAGAGAGAGAGAGAGAGAGAGAGAGAGAGAGAGACAGAGAGAGAGAGAGAGAAAGAGGAAGUGAGAUUAGCAAAGGGUGGACCAGAGAAGGAAAAGAGAAAGAGCGAAAAUGAGAAACCAUAAAGCAAUGUCGUAAAACUCUCCUCUCGAAAGAGGGAGGGGGAGCAGAUGGGGCGGGAUAGGAUGGGUGGAGGCAGGUCGUCGCGCCCCCGGAUAUUUCUUACUUUAUUUUCUUUUCCUUCUUUUUUUUUUCUUUCGUCUUUUCUUCUCUUUUUUCCCCCCUUCCUUCCUUAUUUCUAUUUUUUUUUCUUUCUUUCUUUCUUUUCCUUUUCCCUUCUCGACGACGCAUCGGACGAACUCUCUUUUAACGAAGAGAAGAAGCCCCCGGUACCCGAAUACCUCUUAAUGGAGAGCGAGAUCACCUUGCACGCCGAUCGCGAAACGAGAGAACACCCUUCUCGUUUCUAUGGCUUUCUAUCGCUUUCGCGCUCUCAUUCUUCAGAAAGAACUUGUGCCAAACUCCUAUCGUUCUCUCUUCCUCAACGUUUUUCCUCCUGUGUUUCAUUUAUCACGACGUUUUUAUCGUUUAUUUCCUCCACUCGUCGCCUCCUCCCUAAUCUCACUCUAAAAUUUCGUCCAUUUUUUAAAUUUCCUUUUUUUUUGUUUUUUGUUUUUUAUAUAUUGUCGACGAUGGAUAAUAUGUUUUUUGCUCGUUAAUUAUUUGUCUUCGUUUUAUCUUAAUAUUUGAUUUUUAUUCUCUAAGGAUUCGAUGCUUCGUUUUUUUUUUCUGUGUCUCCUCUUUGAAGAAGAAAAGAAAGAAAGAAAGAAAGAGAAUGAGAUUUAAAAAGAGAAAACAAGAACUCUUCGUCGUUCUCAUUCUUCGUUCUCGCGCGUAAUGAUUUUAUCGAUCAAAACAAACGCUCCCCAUUUCCUUCGUUUACUUGACAAAUUUAUUCGACUAUCAAACCUCUAACCAUCGACGAGCCGAAAACCUUGUUUCGUAUGGUUAAUCUUCGAGAAUGUAUCGUUAUCCUCGCCAUUUAAUCGUCGCAUCAAUUUGUCAAAGAAAAUAAAGGAACUCCGAACGUAAAUAUUUUAACUUUUACGACGCGCCAUUAACGUUUCAAGUUAAUUUUUUUCCUGAUUUCUACUUAAGCGUAUUCUAAGGAAAAUAGAGAAGAUAAAAGAGAGAGGGAGAGGGAGAGAGUAAGCGUGUAACUCUUCUUUUCAUUUUUACGAGGGAAGGGAAGUCUUCUAGUCUCGUUUGUGAAAAACGACGAAGACAUACGAAAGAGAGGAUUAGGAUUGCGUUUUUAUGAUUCGUUCGUGCCUCGCUUUCGCGGCAUUGAGAAAAAGGAAAAAGAAAAAAAGAAAGAAAGAAGUUAAGCUAAGAGAGUUUAUGUCGUAUAAAAGAUAUUUGUAAAAAAGAUUGUUAAUAGAAAUUAGAGAAAAGAGUGUAAGAAGAAUUAUAGACCGUGCUGAGAGAAUUUAAAGAGAGUCGUGUGCCAUAUUGAAAACGAUAUUUGGGAUAGAAACCGGUACGAGAAGUACAUUUUUAUGUGCCAUCGUUUUUUUUUUAUUUUUUAUUUUAUUUUUAUUUUUUUUUUUUUUUUUAUUAAUUUUGCGCCAUAAUAAUUGCCAUAAUAUUAUCUUCUUUUUUUAUUUUUUGUUUUUCCUUUGAAAAGGAGAAAAUAUUGAAAUAUUCUCAUCUCUCGUCGGAAAAUCUAAUUUUCUUCUUAAGAAGCCAUAUUUGUUUUCAGUUAUACGAUAUCAUCAUUGGAAAAGAGUCUGAAACAUCUCUCCACGUGUAAUUUCUAUCCUGCGUAUACUCUUGCUUUUAAGAUUUUAAGGCAACGCUAGUUUCCUUUGUUAAAUAAGAAAAAAGAAAAAGAAAAAAAGGAAAAAGAAAAAAAUGGUCUUUCUCUGUACCGGUAUAUACGCUGGAAACGCAAAGACUGCUUGUAAAUAACCGAGUGCAUAGUAAUAUAUUUUGUAUUUCGUGUGCGUGUGUAUUGGCGUUUAAGAGAUAUCGCUAGAAAAAAGUUAAUACUAGCAAAAUAGUAUUCUUUUCUUUUCUUCUUUUUUUUUGUUUCGUUUUUUUUCUGUAUAUUUUCUUUAAAUAAUAUUUACCAUUUCUUUUUAAUAUCUACAUUGUAUAUUAUAUAUAUAUGUAUAUACAUACACACACAUAUAUAUAUAUAUAUAUUUAAUAAUCUCCGGAUACGAGAUGUCAAUGAACGUUUCUCUGGGAUACACGCUUUGUGAGCAAACUAUCAAAUUACCGUAGUAUUAGCGUAUACAUUAUUUUUUUUAAAUUUUUUCCCUUAAUUCUUAAUUCGAAAUCUUCCGCAUGAUUUGUUUUACAAAACGAAAUAAUAAACGCGAGACAAUGAUCUUCAUGUGUCAGUAAAAUUCGGUUGCAUGAUAAUUGCAAAUUGUAUAUGUAUUUUGUACGCCUGCGCUUAAAUAUUUUACGAGCAUAAUUUUUAUACUCUGUCGUUAAGGUUAUUUCUUAAAAAAAAAAAAAAAAAAAAAAAAAAAAACACAAAAAAAACAAAAAAUCCAUAAAAAACAAAUGAAAUGAUUAUUUUUUUUCUUUUCGAAUCUCAAUUUAUAAAUGCGAGCAGCACACGCACAAGACAUUUCUGUGAUAAGGGAUGCUAUCAUUCCAGUGUGCAUGUUUUUUUCUUUCUU